CAUCUUUAUUACAGUCUUCGUCUGAGAUUAAAUCGCAGAGUGUGAGCUGAAACUGGCUGGGAGUUUACACUUAGUUCAGAAUACAAUUUAUCACCUUACCUCAAACACAUCACUCUCCGCGGCGGUCCAUCAAGGCCUUCAUAACGCCCUACAAAUAACAGACUCCAAGACUUAUCAGAAUCUUAAGAUUGAUGUCGGUUGAUAUACGCCAGAGCCUCAAUUGCUUGCGAUUUCCCUCUCGAUACGAAUCGAUAUCGAGAUCGCAACUCUCUAAACCCCAUACAGGAGAAGGAACUCGGGAAACAGAGAAACCCAUUAGUAAAUAUUUAACCUGAAGGUAUUCUCUCCCACCAUCAUUAACAUGGCUCUAUAGAAUCGCAACAUCAAUUUGUCAAACCUUUUGAAAAUGACGAGCAGUAAAGCUAGUUCCACGAUAACUGAGCAGAAACGUAGCCCUUCGCCGGAUAAUGAAACAGUCCGGUUUAUUGGCAUAUCUGAGUAUCUCGGCGCCGCAGAAUGUCUUGCCAAAGCAUUUGUAGUCGAUACUUUAUGCCGCUACUUCGUUGACGCCGACGACACGAAGGAAUACUCUGAGGAGAGAAAGUGGAAGCUCCAUUCUGAUAUCCUGCGCUACAUGGUCGCAGCUCAUUGCCACAGAGGUUUCGUCACCACAAUCGGUCCGAACUAUGAUGCUGUGGCUCUCUGGCUUCCUCCCGGAAAGGGCAUAGACGAUUGGUGGACCAUCCUCCGCAGCGGUACGUGGCGUCUCUUCUUCUCGCUUUCUUGUGAGGGAAAAGCCCGUUUCUACUCGGAAUUCCUCCCUCUCCUCCAUAAUACGAAGCAGAGAGUGCUGGGAGAGCGGGACGGUAAGAGCUACUACCUUGACUACAUAGGCACCAAACCUUCUGCGCGCAAAAAGGGCUAUGCUAGAAAGUUGAUCGAGCACGGCUUGGCAAUGGCGGACGCUGAGGGCGCACCGACGUACUUGGAAAGCACUGCAGCAGUUAAUGUGCCGUACUACGAGAAAUUCGGCUUCCAAUACAUCAAAGAAGUUCACCUGCAGCGGGAUGAGAAACCAGUUUCGCUGAGUAUCAUGGUCCGAGAGCCCAAGACUAAUGCUGGAGUCUCACAGCCACCGCCGAAGCAGAAAUGCAGCGUCAAGAUUGUGGAGCUUGUUGUUUAGUUGGGGGACAUGAUGACACUGAAGUACCUUGCAAAAGGGUAUAGUGUGGCCAGAAUGAGUAACCAGAUUGUGUAAUGACUCAACAUUGGCAGAAAGAAGAAAAGAAAUUAGGCCUAGAAUGGAUGUGUGGCCUUGGAUGAGACUGAGAAGUUUGUGUUUUUGGGGAUUCGU